AUGGCUGAGAACGGCAACCAUGUGGCCCGACUAGCACCCCCUGCAACCUCGCCCGCCGAGAGUCCGACCCACGACGUGUCGCCGGGCACGAAGGUGUCCUCAGGGUCGACCGCGGUCGACUAUUUCUCGAUCAAGCCAACUGCCAACGGCGGCCAAUCCCGGACCUCUCCCGAUGCGAGUACGAUUACCAUUACCUUAUCCUCCACGCUGCAAGAAAGCCAGGAAAACAGUUCGCGGAAGUCGUCAAACGACAGCGGCCUCCCUCAGAAUGGCGCGAAGCGGGUUUCAGGAAUGUCGGUUACCUUCAGGCAGCCUCGUAAUCCGUCGCUGCCCCAGGGCAACCCCCGGAAGACUGAUAAUCGGCGGCUUCGUGAAUCUUCUCCCUCUCCUGUGAGGUAA